CCUAGGAUUGGCGGUCUGCCAUCUUUGAUUGUGCGACAGGCCGCGGCGCGAGCGGGGCCUCACUCAACUAGUUUCAGCCGCUCAGUCUCACAAGACAACGGGGGAAAAAACAAAACGAAACGCCCGAGACGAGGGACAGAUAUAUACGGAUAAGCUGAUAUCGUCCAACGCACACAGGGCGCCCAAAGAGCGCAAAUAGAGAGUCACCAAGAUAGCUAAGUAAUAGGGCCCCGGCCACAGAGAAGCGCUAGCAAGUAGUAGGCUGCUAGCCGAGCUGCUAGCUUGCUAGCUUUUGUAAUCUGCCGGCCGUUCACACAACAAGGGAAGAGGGCCGAAACAAGCGCCUGGACCGGCUCGGAAAGGAGACAAGUUAGAGAAGGGACCGGCGGAGACAGGAGGCUGGUUCUGAGGGGCGAGGCCGGAGGAUCAGACUCAAUGAGUUUCCAGCGAAAUGUCCGAGAAGUCAGGGCAGAGCACCAAGGCAAAGGAUGGCAAGACCAAGUACGCAACCCUUAGCCUCUUCAACACCUACAAAGGCAAGUCACUGGAGACCCAGAAAACUGCAGUGGCUGCCAGACAUGGGCUCCAGAGUUUGGGCAAGGUUGCUGCCAGUCGGCGCAUGCCCCCUCCGGCCAACUUGCCCAGCCUGAAGGCGGAGAACAAGGGUAACGAUCCCAACGUCAACAUCGUGCCCAAGGACGGGAGCGGUUGGGCCUCGAGACAGGACCAGCCCGGCGACGAGCGGCAACAAGAGACCCCUCCACCCCAGCCCAAACAGGGGGCGCCUCAGCCACAGGAGGUGCCUGUGAGCACCAGUCGCUCCUGGGCCAGCAAUAAGCAGCCUGGGCCAGUAGACGGAGCCCCCCGGGUGAACAGUCAGUUCCACCAGGAGUUCCCCAGCCUGCAGGCAGCCGGGGAGUCGGACAAGCCGGGGGAGCAGCAGGAGGAGGAGCCGUACGGGCCCGGCCCCAGCCUGAGGCCACAGAAUGUCGGCAGUUGGCGCGAGGGCGGGGGCAGGAAUCUGAACACAGCACCCAGCCCCCCCGAGAUGGAAAGCAAGGUGGCGGAGGAGGGGGCGGAGCGCAGCACGCCCUCCCCCGGCACGGACGCGGACGAGCCCCGCAAACCCGCCGCCGAGGGCCGGGACAAGCGGGACCCCCGGGACCGGCUGGGGCAGCCCGGCCCGCCCGCCCCCGCCCCUGCCCCCGCAUCCGCACCCCAGCCCAAACUCAACGGGGGCCAGCAGCCUCCGGCCGGCGUGCCGCCUCAGUUCGCCCCCCAGUUCAGGGGCAUGAUGCCACCCUACAUGUUUCACGCCUACCCCAGGAUGCCGUUUCCGCCAGUGCCGGGGAGCUAUAGGUACCCCGCCCAACAGCAAGACGGAGCCAAGGGCCCCCGGGCUGCCAACAGGCCCUCACAGGGCCACUCACAGGCCUGGCUUCAGGACCCCGACCGGCCCUCCAUCAUCAGCGCUACGGAGCUGAAGGAGCUGGACAACCUGGACACAGAAGCUGACGAGGGCUGGGCAGGAGCCCAAAUGGAGGUUGACUACACGGAGAAACUGAACUUUAGUGACGAUGAGGAGAACCAGGCUGGAAAGGAGAAGGGAGAGAAUUGGGAGUGGAUGAGUAAGGUGGAGCGCAUGCGAGCCCGCAGCGCUGAGGGCUCGGAGGCCCGGAAGGAGGGCGCGGAGGAGCGAGGGGGGAGCAAAGACUGGGCGGACGGCGCCGACUCCAGAGCUCCCUCUGCUGGCGGGAGGGCGCAGUACGGCAAGCCCGGUCAGCCGGAUUACCAGGGACAACACGCAGGACGCGCCACGGCGACCGGGCCCCCUCGGGCGGGCAAGCCGGCCGCGGCUCCCCCCGCUGGAGAGGAGGACCUGGAAGCGUGGCGGCAGAAGCGCAAGACGCAGUCGGAGCCGUCGGAGGCCGUGGAGCGGGCGCGGAGGCGGCGCGAGGAGGAGGAGCGGCGCAUGGAGGUGCAGCGGCUGGCGGCCUGCGCCGAGAAGCUCAAGCGCCUCAACGAGAAGCUGCGCACUGCCGAGACCCGCGCCUCCCCCGUGCCGCCGGAGGAGCCCGCCGGACCGCCCCCCCCCCCGCCCGCGCCCGUCCCCGCGCAGGACCAGCCCGAGCCCAGCGAGCCGGAGGAGGACCAGCCGUCUGCGUCCCCGCAGCCCGACGUGGGGGAGAGCGGCGUGCGGGAGCAGCCUGGGGACGCGGAGGUGCCCGCGGAGGAGGAGAGCCCGGCCGAGCGCGCUCCAGUGAGAGACUGCUUCAGCGCGGAGGAGAACCGAGGAGCCGAGGAGCCCCCCGUGCCUCUGUCCCGUGUGGAGCCCUCCAGCCAAGAGGACGCCCCAACGCUGCCCUCGGAGGUGGAGGGAGAGCCAGGCGCUGCAGUUCGCCCCUCCCUCACCUCCGGGUAUUCCAAACAGUUUCAGAAGUCUCUUCCUCCUCGCUUCCUUCGACAGCAGGAGCAACUGAAGCAGCAGCAGCAGCAACAACAGCAGUGGCAGCAGCAACAGCAGCAGCAGCAACAACAGGGGGGCGCGGUCUCCCCGUCGGGGGCCCCGGGGCCGCCCCCUCAACAUCGCUCUCUGUAUCAGCCCCUGGGGCCGCACCCCCAGCAUCUGGCCUCUAUGGGCUUUGAUCCCCGCUGGCUGAUGAUGCAGUCCUACAUGGACCCCCGCAUGAUGUCCGGCCGGCCACCUUUGGACAUGCCGCCCAUGCACCCAGGGAGAAUACCUCCGAAGCAGCUGGUGCGCAGAGACCCUGCAGACAGCAGCGGCUCCGGCUCGGACUCCUUUGACCACCUGACCCGACCCAUCCGGGAGCACGGCCUCCCCAGCGAGCAGCGCAUGGUGUGGGGCUCCGAGCCCUAUCCCCCGACCGAACCCAUACCCUCAGUCACGCCCCCCAAAGGACGGGAUGAGACCAAGGAGCCCAGAAUGGACUCUGGGCUGGAGCUGGAGAGGCCCGUACCUGCCGCAUACCCGCAGGAGCACAGUCCGCUGGAGCCAAGGGGGAAGAGCGACUUCUUCCGGGACUCGUCCGAACCGCUGUCUGCCUUCGGCUGCGGUCCGGAGGAGGCCCCCGGCCUGCUGCAGCCCGACAGAGGCCCCGCGGGGUCGGUGUUUGAGCCCCAGGAGGCCAGUCUGCCCUGCGGGGAGGAGGCGGAGACCCUGGGCCACUCGCUGCUGAAGAGGAGCAUCUCGCAGGGGUCCAGCCACUCGCUCAAACUGGAGGAGCCGCGCUUCGACGGCGUCCCCGCCGCCCCCAAGACCCAGGAGCUCCCCGACCCCGCGGAGCCGGCGGAGGACAAGGCCCGCAGUGAGCCCUUCCCCCAGGGCCUGCCGGGCGCCAACAGGGCCACCCCGCCCGCGGAGGUCACGCACAAAGCGGACAAGCUGCCCUCGCUGGCCGCCAACAAGCAGAAGGCGGACAUGCGCUGGGGCCAGCGGCUGGGGGCCGGGCGUCGGGACGGCCCGGCCGGGGACAGGCCCGUGCGCAGGUCGGGGCCCAUCAAGAAGCCGGUCCUGCGGGACAUGAAAGAGGAGCGCGAGCAGAGGAAGGAGAAGGAGGAGCGCCACGAGCGCGGGGAGCGCGGGGAUCGCGUCAAAAAGGAGGUCGCCGUCAAGGCCCCCUCGGCUGCAGCUGCCCUCAUGGAGGGUCAGAAACCCCCCGGCGAGGUUAAGAGGGAGCAGGCUGCCGCCCCCGAUCUGGGAGACUCCUCGAGCAGCAGCUCAGGUAAGCCCAGAGGGCCGCAGGUGCCCGCAGGUACGCAGGGUCCGGCCCCCCAGGAGGACAAACAGGACAAGUCCCUGGCAGCGGACAAGCAUCCCGAACCCAAACCGGCAUCUCGCAAAGAGUCCAGCCUGCCUCCCCGGGCAUAUCGGAGGGAGGAGCGCGAGAGGGACCGGGAGCGGGACCGGGAGAGGGACCGGGAGAGGGAGAGAGAGAGGGAACGCGAGAAAGAGAGGGAGAAGGACUGGCCCGUCGACCCGAGCCACAGGGGCCGCGGCCGAGGAGAGUACUACUCCCGAGGGCGCAGCUACCGCGGGAGCUACGGCGGGCGGGGCAGGGGCAGCCGGGGCCGCAGCCGCGGGGACUACCCCUACCGGGAGCCGCGCUCGCGCUCCGACCUGCCGCUGUCCGCCGCGGGGGGCGCGGGCUUCCGCUGCCGCGAGGAGAGCGAGACGCGCAGCGAGAGCUCCGACUUCGAGGUGCUGCCCAAGCGCCGGCGCCGCCGCGGCUCCGACACCGACUCGGAGAGCGAGGGCCGCGAGUCGGCCAGCGACACGGGCGCCUCGGACCGCGAGCCCAGCGCCAAGCCCAGCCGCCCGCUCCGCCGCGAGCUGCCCGAGGCGCGCCGCGGCCCCAGACCGGGCGGGGCCCCGUCCUUCGGCCCCCCCCACGCUCCGGACAAGCCCGGCUCCCGCGAGGACGAAGGCCGGCCCAAGCCCGGCUUCCUGCCCAAGGGAGAGCCCUCGAGACGGGGCCGGGGGGGCCUGUACAGCCGCAGAGGGGCCGGCAGGGAGCGGGGCGGGCCCAGGUCGGUCCCCCUGCGGAGGGCGGGGAUGAGGGAGUCCUCGCAGUGGCCCUCCAAGCCCAUGGAGACCUUCCGCCCCGAGGAGGCGGACACCUCCAGGUUCGACAACCCCGGCCUGGACAGGCGGCCGCCCAAGUACGACGGGAGGAAGUUUGGGGAAGCCGGGCCCGGCAGCCGAGAGCGACCCCGCCGGCCUCGCCCCGCCCGCCCCCCCAGGCAGGACAAGCCCCCCCGCUUCCGCAGGCUAAAGGAGCGGGAGGCUGCCGUGAUGGCCAGCGAAGCUGCCUCGGAGACCCCCGCCCCGGACUCCGCCUCCCCGACCCUGUCCAAGGCUUCGGGGUGUGCGCCGCCCUCGUCCGAGGGGGCCGCCCCCGAGCCGGCGCCGGCCGCGGGGGCGGUCCCGUCCGACGUGGGGCCCACCGCCGUCGUCGCCGCGGGGAGCAAAUCGCCCGACCUUUCCAACCAGAACUCGUCGGACCAGGCCAACGAGGAGUGGGAGACCGCCUCGGAGAGCAGCGACUUCAACGAGCGGAGGGAGCGCGAGGAGAGGAAGGAGGCGCUGGAGUCCGCGAGCGUUGCCUCCGCCGCCGCCGCCGCGCAGCCCCCCCAGGGCGCCGGCGCCCCGAGCAAGGCCGCCGGGGAGGGGGGGCUCACGCCCAAACGCGAGGCCGCAGCCGCUGCCGCCGCCGCCAAGCGGAGCUUCUCCAGCCAGCGGCCCGUGGACCGGCAGAACCGGCGGGGCAACAGCGGGCCCAAAUCCAGCCGGGGAUACGCGGGCGGAAAGGGGGAGCGCAGGGGGGGGUCUGGAGCCAAGGCCGGCCGCAGAGGGCCGCUCGAGGAGCUGGCCCAGGAACUGACCGGUGUCGAUCCAACCAGCAGUGCCGCCCAGAACUCUGACGGCCACGGGGGCGCAGGCCAGCGACCCGCCAAGGACUCCGCCUCCCGCCGCAAAGAGGACGCCAAGCAGGCCGCCAAGAAGCCCAAGGAGAAGGCCGACGCGCUGUCCCAGUUCGACCUCAACAACUACGCCAGUGUGGUGAUCAUCGACGACCACCCGGAGGUCACGACCCUGGAGGACCCCCAGUCCAGCGCCAACGACGACGGCUUCACGGAAGUGGUGUCGCGCAAGCAGCAGAAGCGCCUGCAGGACGAAGAAAGGAGGAAGAAGGAGGAGCAGACUGUGCAGAACUGGAGUAAGAAAGGCUCUGGUGAAAAAGGAAGAGGUGGGGGUUCCAAGCUGCCUCCUCGAUUUGCCAAGAAGCAGCAGCAGCAGCAGCAGCAGCAGCAGCAACAACAACAACAGCAGCAGCAACAACAACAACAACAGCAGCAGCAGCAACAACAACAACAGCAACAACAACAGCAGCAGCAACAGGCGAUUGCAUCUUCCCAGGCCGCCCACCUGGCCCCUGCCCAGCCAGCAGGCCAGCCCCAAGCUCAGCCGCAGCCCCAGCCUCAGCCUCAGGAGGGCGCUGUGGCGCUGCCCGGCGCCGUGGACUUCACCGGGAAGAGCCUCGCCGCGGGGCCGGCCCACGGCAGCCUGGGCACCGAGCUGUGGGACAACAAGGUGGCGGGGUCGGCCGUCCUCCCCGACAUGAAGAAACUGGGACCCAUCAGCCCGCCCCAGCCCCCGUCCGUCAGCGCCUGGAACAAGCCUCUGACGUCGUUCACCGGCACGGUCACGCCCGAGGGGGUGAAGUCCGGUGCGGAGGUGGGCGUGGAGCUGGGCAUGGACAGCAUCCAGUUCGGGGCGCCCUCGUCGGCGGGCAGCACGGACAGCGACGGCGUGCCCGCCAUGCUGGAGAAGGGUUCCGACAACAAGCUGCCCGAACCCAAAGAGCAGCGGCAGAAGCAGCCCCGCGCCGGGCCCAUUAAGGCCCAGAAGCUUCCGGAGCUCAGUCCCCCGGAGGCCAAGGAGUACAAGCCGGGCCCCAUCGGGAAGGAGCGCUCCCUGAAGAACCGCAAGGCCAAGGACGGCCGGCAGUCGGAGGGCGAGGGGCCCGACAAGGGCGGCCCCGGGGGCGGCCGCGGGGCCGACUCGGGCUCCCCCACCAAGGACGGCAAGGUCCCCGAAAUGGGGGGCGACAUUGAGGGCAUGAUCACCGCCCCGUCCGUGGAGUACGGGAGCGUGUCCAAGGAAUCCGUGACAGACUACACCACCCCGUCUUCAUCACUGGCUGACAGCGUCCCCACCGGCGUGAGCAAGAUGGAGGAGAGCCUGGUAGCAAAUGUGGCCCUGCCCCACACCCUCCCGCUGCCCCGCAGAGAGGCCCUGCAGCAGAGCUCCGCCCUCACCACCGUCUCCCCGGCGACCGUGGAUCUCACUCUGAAGAUGGAGUCGGCGCGUAAGGCGUGGGAGAACUCGCCCAGCCUGGGGGAGAAGAGCUCGCCCGUCACCUCCUCGGCCUCGCCCAUCACCAGCGGCAGCGGGGGAGGCAGCGCCUCCUACAGCUCCUUCUCCAGCGCCUCCAUGCCGCAGAUACCCGUGGCCUCGGUCACCCCCAGCACCUCCCUCUCAGGCUCUGGGACCUACACCACGUCCUCUCUGAGCACGAAGACCACCUCCGCGUCCGACCCCCCGAACAUCUGCAAGGUGAAGCCGCAGCAGCUGCAGGGCGGGGGCGUGUCGGGGGGCUUCUCCCAGCUGGGCUGCGUGCCCUCCCUGCUCCCCCAGCAGCAGACGCCCCAGGUCUUCGUGUCCCAGUCCGCAGCUGCAGCAGGCUCUGCGGCCCAGAUUCCUGCCUUCUACAUGGACACCAGUCACCUGUUCAGCCCGGCGCACCCCCGCCUGGCCCCCCCGUCUCUGGCUCAGCAGCAGGGCUUCCAGCCCGGCCUCUCUCAGCCGACGGCGGUGCAGCAGAUCCCCAUCCCCAUCUACGCGCCUCUGCAGGGGCAGCACCAACAUCAGCACCAACACCAACAUCAACAUCAGCACCAACACCAACACCAACAUCAGCAUCAGCACCAACACCAACACCAGGCCCAGCUGGGCCUGAGCACCGGCCCCCCGGUGUCCCAGCCACAGGACCUGUUCAGCUCCUCCCUGCAGCCCUACAGGUCCCAGCAGGCCUUCAUGCAGAACAGCCUGUCGCAGUCUCCCAUGAUGCUGUCGGGCACGACGCUGCACAGCUACCCGGGCGUGCAGCCCCCCGAGCUGGCCAAGCCGCAGUCCAGCCUGGCCUACCAGCAGACCUCCAGCGCCCAGCACAUCCCCAUCCUGUUCGAGCCCCAGCUCAACCAGCCGUCGGGCCUGGGCGGCUCCCAGCUCAUCGACACGCACAUCCUGCAGGCGCGGCAGGGGCUGAGUCAGCACUCGAACCUGUACUCCGGACAGGUGCAGCAGCACGGACAGAGCAGCUACUACAGCUCCACGCAGUCCCCCAGCUCGGCCCUGCAGCAGGUGACUGUGCCUCUCCCCGGCUCCCAGCUCUCCAUGCCAAAUUUCGGGUCGGCGGGAGGCCAGCCUCUGCUCGCCCUGCCCCAGUCGCUGCCUCCCACUCCGCCCCAGGCGCAGCCCCAGAGCCUGAGCCGCCAGCCCCCCAUCAGCCAGCCCUUCCGCGGGCUCAUGGGUCAGAGCGGGCACAGCAUGAUGCAGCCCUCCAGCAAGAUGUGUGAGAUGGAUUUGAAGCUGUUUGGCAGUGGGAUGGAUAUGAAGCCUGGGACUCCCCCAGUGAGCGCUCGGAGCACCACCCCCACCUCCAGCCCCUUCAGAGCGAGCUCCACCAGCCCCAGCAGCCAGAGCAGUAAGAUGAAUAGCAUGCUGUACCAGAAGCAGUUCCAGUCGGGCUCCGCAGGCAUGCGCAUUCCUCAGCACUACGCCGGGCAGUUCACCCCGCAGAUGCUGUCUCAGCCCAGCCUGGUCUCCCCGCUGGUUCGCCCGCCCCACUCCAGCUCGUUUCCGGGAGGGGUGCAGAGGACUCCGCUGGGCCCCCCCAUGUCCCCCUCCCUCGGUGCCGGGCUCAUGCCCCACCCCAGGCCUCAGCACCCGCCCCGUGGCCCCCCGGGGCCCUCCAUGGGCCCUCGGGGUACGCACGCUGCACUGAAGGCAGAGCAGGACCUGAAGGCUAAGCAGCGUGCCGAGGUGCUGCAGUCCACCCACAAGUUCUUCUCCGAGCAGCAGCAGCAGCAGCUCAAGGCCCCGGUCAGCAAGCCGGGGCGGGUGGACGGAGGGGGGAAGGGGGUCGACAGCGUGGCCCCCAACCACCAGGGGGGGCCGCCAGGGGGCUCGGAAGCAGAGAAGCCCCCCUCCCUCGCCGGGCCCAAGCCCAUACGGACCGGCCCCAUCAAGCCCCAGUCCAUCAAGCCUGAGGAGAGCAAGUAGAGAGAAACCCCCCCACCCCCUAACCC